AUGCAUAAACCUUUACGAAAUUCCCACCCUUUAUUUAAAAUUGCUAAUAAUGCUUUAGUUGAUUUACCAGCUCCAAUUAAUAUUUCAAGAUGAUGAAAUUUUGGAUCAUUACUUGGAUUAUGUUUAAUUAUUCAAAUUUUAACUGGAUUAUUUUUAGCUAUACACUACACAGCAGAUGUUAACUUAGCUUUUUAUAGUGUUAAUCAUAUUUGCCGAGAUGUAAAUUAUGGUUGAUUAUUACGAACUUUACACGCUAACGGUGCAUCAUUUUUUUUUAUUUGUAUUUACUUACAUAUUGGUCGAGGAAUUUAUUACGGAUCAUAUUUAUUUACACCAACUUGAUUAGUAGGAGUAAUUAUUUUAUUUUUAGUAAUAGGAACAGCUUUUAUAGGUUAUGUUUUACCUUGAGGACAAAUAUCAUUUUGAGGAGCAACUGUAAUUACUAAUUUAUUGUCAGCUAUCCCUUAUUUAGGUAUAGACUUAGUACAAUGAUUAUGAGGAGGAUUUGCUGUAGAUAAUGCUACUUUAACUCGAUUUUUCACAUUUCAUUUUAUUUUACCUUUUAUUGUUCUUGCUAUAACUAUAAUUCAUCUACUAUUUUUACAUCAAACAGGAUCUAAUAACCCUAUUGGUUUAAAUUCUAAUAUUGAUAAAAUUCCUUUUCACCCAUACUUCACAUUUAAGGAUAUUGUAGGAUUUAUUGUAAUAAUUUUUAUUCUAAUUUCAUUAGUUUUAAUUAGACCAAAUUUAUUGGGAGACCCAGAUAACUUUAUUCCUGCUAAUCCUUUAGUAACACCAGCUCACAUUCAACCAGAAUGAUAUUUUUUAUUUGCUUACGCAAUUCUUCGUUCAAUUCCUAAUAAAUUAGGAGGAGUUAUUGCAUUAGUUUUAUCAAUUGCAAUUUUAAUAAUUUUACCUUUUUAUAAUUUAAGAAAAUUCCGAGGAAUCCAAUUUUAUCCAAUUAACCAAAUUUUAUUUUGAUCUAUAUUAGUUACAGUAAUUUUAUUAACAUGAAUUGGAGCUCGACCAGUUGAAGAACCUUAUGUAUUAAUUGGACAAAUUUUAACUAUUAUUUAUUUUUUAUAUUAUUUAAUUAACCCACUAGUUACAAAAUGAUGAGAUAAUUUAUUAAAUUAA